ACUAUGAAGUCUAAGACCAACUGUGCUCAGAAUCCAAACUGUAGCAUAAUGAUAUUUCAUCCAACCAAAGAAGAAUUUAAUGAUUUUGAUAAGUACAUUUCUUACAUGGAAUCCCAAGGGGCACACAGAGCUGGUCUGGCCAAGGUAAUUCCACCCAAGGAAUGGAGAGCCAGACAGUCCUAUGAUGAUAUCAGUGACAUCUUAAUAACCACUCCCCUGCAGCAGGUGGUCUCUGGGAAGGCAGGUAUGUUCACUCAAUACCACAAAAAGAAGAAAGCCAUGACAGUGGGAGAGUAUCACCUCCUGGCAAACAGUGAAAAGUAUAGAACUCCCCCACACCUGAAUUUUGAAGAUUUGGAGAGAAAGUACUGGAAGAACCGCCUCUAUGACUCACCAAUUUAUGGUGCUGACAUCAGUGGCUCCUUAUUUGAUGAAAACACUAAAGAGUGGAACCUGGGACACCUGGGAACCAUUCAGGACCUGUUGGAACAGGAAUGUGGAGUUGUCAUUCAGGGUGUCAACACACCUUACCUGUACUUUGGUAUGUGGAAGACGACCUUUGCAUGGCACACGGAAGACAUGGACCUUUAUAGCAUCAACUUCCUGCACUUUGGGGAGCCCAAAACGUGGUAUGCGGUGCCCCCUGAACAUGGGCAGCGCCUGGAGCGCCUGGCCAGGGAGCUUUUCCCGGGCAGUUCCCAGGGCUGUGAGGCCUUCCUGAGGCACAAGGUGGCCCUCAUCUCACCCACAGUCCUCAAGGAGAAUGGCAUUCCCUUCAACCGCGUCACUCAGGAGGCUGGGGAGUUCAUGGUGACAUUUCCCUAUGGCUACCACGCUGGCUUCAACCAUGGCUUCAACUGCGCAGAGGCCAUCAAUUUUGCCACCCCACGAUGGAUUGAUUAUGGCAAAGUGGCAUCUCAGUGCAGCUGUGGGGAGGCCAGGGUCAGCUUCUCCAUGGAUGCCUUUGUGCGCAUCCUGCAACCUGAGCGCUAUGAGCUGUGGAAAUGCGGGCAAGACAGGGCUGUUGUGAACCACACUGAGCCUACAGCGCCAGGUAGACAGGCGUUGACCACUUGGAGGGAUGUCCUUGCACCUAAGAGAGCUUCCCCCAGCCUGAGACACCUCCCACUCCGCCAGGCCCCGCAUCCUGCUCUGCCUGUGUCCACUGCCAGUGAGACCCACUGCACCACCCAGGUGCACCCGAUGCCCAUCCUACCAUCGGCAACCAGAAGUGCUGCUGUUCAGUCUAGGGCCACAACCCACAGCACCCAGGGUCCUGAAACAGCCCUGCCACCCACCCUGGGUCAGUCAGCUCUGACUCUCCACCGGUCAACUGGCAGACGUGGUCGUGGUCGCCGUCCUCGGGAACUAGGGAUUCAGGAACCAUCUCCCCGGGCUCCAGCCAAGAGACGCCCGUCAGUAGGCACAGUUCGUACUGCUCUGGACCCAGAGCUUCCGCUCAAAACUACUCAUGGAGAUUUGAUAGUCAACCCUGAACUUCUGGGCCCUGGGCUGCAGCACCCUGCUAUGGCUUCUGAAUGCUGCUUGGCUUCUGACCCCUAAGCCCUAAAACUGCCUUACUUGCCUAGUGCUCUGCUGCAUGGAAAUUUGCUGAGACUUUGAGUUUGCAGAACACUGGUCUGACAAGAGGGAGCCCCUCCUGCAACGCCCCUCCUGUACUGCUGAGUCCAUGAUAGUUGCUAAAUUUGCCAUACUUUGUUCUUCCUCACACACCUUGAAAUGUCUCUGAA